AUGUCAGGUGUGAUGGGAGAGGACAGUCUGGUCCCCAGAGCACGCAGCAGGCUGCCGGUGGUGUGUACGGGUGGACUGGGGCUUCUUACUCUGCUGUUUGCUUGGCUGCUGGACUCUGACAAGUUCAUUGAGAGAACUGGAAUGAUCGCUUUUUGCAUCACAGUAGAAAGGUUUAUUCACAGUAUGUGCUUGUUUGCAGAGGAGUGGCUCUUCCAUUCAAAGCAAAGGUAUCAUGGCAGAAUAAAUGAGAUCGUUCAGGCUUGCUUUAGAGGGCAUGUCAUUUUAGGAAUGUGUGCAAUAUUCCUGAUGCUAAAGUUGCAGUGGAGUUUCUCUGAAGAGCAGUGGAGUGCCAUGGCCCUCAUGUGCGCAGUUUACCUGCUACUCAAAUGCUUGGGGGUUCUGGGCCCUUGUCCAGUUGAGAUCUCAGAAAUCUGUGAAAUGAAGAAGAUGAAUGUGGCACAUGGUUUGGCCUGGUCUUUCUAUAUCGGCUACCUCAAAUUUGUCCUUCCAGAUUUACAGAACAAGGUCAGCCAGUAUUCCUCCACCAGGGGGAAACUGAGCUCUCCACGUUUACAUAUACUUCUACCCCUCAACGCAAAAGUUCCAUCCAAACCUGAAGAGGAGGACACUAAUGUAGUCUUCCACGAAAACCUUCCAGAACUGGAGCGUGACACAGCAGGGGUGCGGAAACGCAGCUACAAGAACAGUGUCUACAAGAUCACCCAGAACAAUGAGGCAUUUAGCUGUGUUCUGGAAUUUGCCACACCAUUGCUGACACUGUAUCAGAUGUCCCAUGAGAGCAGUGCAGGGUUUGGAGAAAGAGAACGAAAACAGCAGGUCCUGUUGUUCUACAGAACCCUCAGCCAAAUUCUGGAAAGUUCUCUAGAGUGCCGGAACCGUUACCGGCUCGUCCUGCUCAACGAUGAGCACACAGGUGACCCUCAUUACCUCUCCAGAGAGAUCAUCCAGCACCUGAAACAGCAGGAUGGAGAGAUUUACAUGGAUCCCAUCCAAGAGCCACCGAAUGAAGUCCAUCCUGUUCCAGAAGAGGGUCCGAUUGGGAAUAUUAAUGGUGCACUGCGUGCCAAUUUCCCAGAAGACCCAGUGAGCAGCAACCCCACCCUCAUGUUCAGCCAACCACAAUCUUUAAGAUCUGAACCAGUGGAGACCACUGAUCAUUUUAACCAACCUAAUGCAAGGAGAUGGGAUUGA